GUUUAGCUGUUCAUGCUUCUGAUUCGUCAGAUAUUAAUGAGGAAGAAAACCUGACUGACUAACACAGCUUCGGUAGUUUCUUGGGUUUUCAUUCUGCAGUGUUUGAGAUAGUUGAGGAAAAUUUCAAGGAAUGGAGUUAGCUCACAGUUUAUUGCUUAAUGAAGAAGUGUAUAACCAGCUUGGUGGAUUUCAAAAAGCAGAGUUCAUUUUUGAGUGGUUACAGUAUUUGGAAAAACUUUUACCAGUGACUAGCAGAGCUGAUAUAAGGGAAAACCAGAAGAAACUGGUUGAACAAUUGACUUCUUUAUUAAACAAUUCACCGGGACCUCCUACCAGACGGCUUCUUGCCAAGAAUUUAGCUGUAAUUUAUAGCACUGGAGACACUUUCUCUGUUUACCAAACAAUUGACAAAUGCAAUGAACUCAUUCGGAGUAAAGAUGACUCACCAAGUUAUCUACCUACAAAACUUGCUGCGGUGGUAUGCUUGGGCUAUUUAUACAAAAAAUUGGGAAGAAUUUUGGGAAACAGUUUUACUGACACCGUUGGGAAUGUGCUUAAAGCAAUGAAGAAUGCAGAGUCUCAAGGUCGUUAUGAAAUCAUGCUUAGUUUGCAAAAUAUAUUAAAUGGUUUAGGAGCUGCUGCUAUCCCCUGUCAUAGAGACAUUUACAAAGCUGCCCGAUCAUGUUUGACAGAUCGAUCCAUGGCAGUCCGCUGUGCUGCUGCAAAGUGUCUUCUUGAACUUCAGGAUGAAGCAGUAUUUAUGUGGACUACAGACCUGGAUAGUGUUGUGACCUUAUGUUUUAAAUCCUUUGAAGGUUCCAAUUAUGAUGUUCGAUUAGCGGUUUCAAAACUUUUAGGCACAGUGUUGGCUAGAGCUCUGACAUCUAAGCAGACAACAGUGUCCACCAAGCAUAACUUCCGCAGAAUCUCUUUGGAAGAAGUGAUGGAGCUAUUGGGAACUGGAUUUCUGCGUGGAAGUUGUGGAUUUCUACGAGCCAGUGGCGAUAUGUUGAAAGGGACCAGUUCAGUCAGCAGAGAUGUUAGAGUUGGAAUCACCCAGGCAUAUGUGGUAUUCGUCUCUACACUAGGAGCGCAAUGGCUUGAAAGGAACUUCUCUGCCUUCCUUUCCCAUGUUCUAGAUCUUGUGUCUCAGUCUCACCCCAAGGCUGUGCAGAGCCCGGUGGAUGCUAUCGGCUGUCGUCGCUGUGUUUCAUUCAUCCUUCGAGCUACAGUAGGAGGCCUGCUUGGGGAAAAGGCUCAAAUUGCAGCUGCCAAGGAGAUUUGUCAGGCCAUCUGGAAACUGAAGAAAGUUGUGGAUGCUGCAAUGAGUGACAGUAACUUGGAGACAAGACUUAAUACAACAGAUGUAACAGCAAGUCAGCAUGUGCUUGUGUGUGCACUUCAGGAACUUGGAAGUCUUAUCCAAGGCUUAGGAACGACAGCAGCACCGUUACUGCAAGACUCCAGUACAGGAGUUCUGGAAGCAGUAAUUUCCAUCAUUCUUCAUCCCAGCAUUUCAGUCAGAAUAACAGCAGCUUGGUGUUUACGCUGUAUUGCAGUAGCAUUGCCCUCCUAUGUGUCCCUGCUGUUGGAUCGUUGCAUCGAACGUCUUAGUACAUUGAAAUCCUCCCCAGAAGCAGUAACUGGCUAUAGUUUUGCUGUUGCUGCUUUGCUGGGUGCAGUAAAACACUGUCCUUUAGGAAUUCCACAUGGAAAAGGGAAGGUAAUCAUGACAGUAGCAGAGGAGUUGCUGUGUUCUGCGUCUCAGAACAGCCGCAUUUCACUGCAGCGAACACAAGCUGGAUGGCUGUUGAUAGCUGCCCUCAUGACAUUAGGUCCUGCAGUUGUCCAGCAUCAUCUGUCACGAGUGCUGUUACUGUGGAAGUGCAUCUUUCCAUCAUCUCCUAAAGACCUAGAAACAGAGAAGACACGAGGAGAUUCGUUUACCUGGCAAGUAACACUGGAAGGCCGUGCUGGUGCUCUUUGUGCUAUCAAAAGCUUUGUUUCCCACUGUGGUGGUCUUCUUACGGAUGAAGUUGUUCGGAGACUUCUUCCUCCUCUCCCAAGUGCUGUUGAUUUAUUGACACAGCUCCCUUCAAUAUAUAAAUCAUACGGAAAUGCUUUAAAAACACCAUCAACAAUUUACAGACAUAAACUUUAUGAAUUACUAGCUGUGUUGCCUCCAAAGACCUAUGAAGGAAGUUUCUGUGCUGUUCUGAAAGAGUUAGUGACUGAUUUGACUGUCCCAGAUAGCCAGAUUGAUGCCUCUACGUUCUUGCUUCCACCGCUUUGUCAUGAGAAUGAUCUCAUUUUACUCGGUCCCUUACUGCAGGAGACUGACCACCGAUUUAUUGAAGAGCAGCUCCUUUUAGGUAGCAGCAUAGCUAGUGGCAGCCUGGAAUAUGACCCUUAUGCAAUUUAUGAGAAAGCUGGAAAAGGGGACUCAGUACCUAAACCACUACCUCCUGCAUUAUCUGUUAUCAGUGCAGCAACUCGACUUUUUGGAGUUAUGUUUUCCCAUAUAGCAGAAUCACACAGGCUUCAGGCAUUAGAACAAUUGUUGAACUCCAUAAAGCAAACAAAAGGAUCACGACAACAAAUAGUACAACUACAUGUUGUGUCAGCCUUUUCUACUUCCUUGAAGCAUUUGGCUAACUGCAAGGGAAGUUUAGGUUCAGAAGAAGUUAGAAGGUCUGCCCUGGCAUUGGUAAUGGGUGCUUUGGAAAGCAAUAAUCCACUCCUGAGAUGCGCUGCUGCAGAGUGUUUGGCCAGAUUGGCACAGGUGGUUUCUGACAGCGCCUUCACUGCCGGAUUAGCACAAGUCAGUUUUGACAAGCUAAAAUCUGCUAGGGAUGUGGUAUCAAGAACAGGUCAUUCUUUGGCUCUGGGAUGUCUGUAUAGGUACCUAGGAGGAAUAGGUUCUACUCAGCACCUGAAUGCAUGUGUUGGAAUCCUGUAUACUUUAUCUCAGGACAGUACUUCUCCUGAUGUACAGGCAUGGGCACUACACUCUCUGUCACUGAUAGUAGAUUUGGCUGGGCCCUUGUAUCAUGUGCAUGUGGAACCUACCUUGUCUCUUGUUCUCAUGUUGUUGUUGACUGUGCCUCCUGCUUAUGCUGAAGUUCACCAAAGCCUUGGUCGCUGUUUAAAUACACUCAUUACCACGCUGGGCCCUGAGUUGCAAGGCAGCAGUACAACAGUUUCAGCCUUAAGAACUUCCUGCCUCUUGGGCUGUGCAGUGAUGCAGGAUAAUCCUGACUGCCUUGUUCAGGCUCAAGCCAUCUCUUGCCUUCAGCAGCUUCACAUGUUUGCUCCUCGACACGUCAACUUGUCUAACCUUGUAAGCUGCCUAUGUGAAAUCUUGUUGGAUAAUUCUGUGUUGAUGAAUCUCUGUAGCUCAUACUUACUGCUGAGACGUGCAGUGGUAGCUUGCUUACGUCAGCUUGUGCAAAGAGAAGCUGCUGAAGUGUCAGAAUAUGCUGUUGCAUCAGUAAAAGAGAGCAGAGAAGAUUUUACUCCAGAUGUGAACAUCAGAGAAAUAGGCCUGGAGGGGGCAUUGCUGGGCUUGCUGGACAAAGAACUGGAUCAAAGAUUAUGCCAAGAUAUCAAAGAGACUCUGACUCACAUGCUGACUUCAAUGGCAGUUGAAAAGCUCUCUUUUUGGCUGAAGCUUUGUAAAGAUGUUCUUGCUGCCUCUGCUGAUUUCAAUACAGUGGCUUCAGUAGACACCACUCAAGAAGAGGAAACUGCCAAAGUGGAUGAUGCAUCUGUUUUAACAUCUGACAGCGAUGACAGGUUCCAUCCUUUCCGAAAUCCACGAUGGUCUACAAGAGUUUUUGCUGCAGAGUGUGUUUGUAAAAUUAUAAACCAGUGUGAACAUGCAUGCAGUGCACAUUUUGACAUAACUUUGGCUCAGGAAAGAAAACAACGUGAUUCAAGAGAUGACUUUUUAGUAUUGCAUUUAGCUGACUUGGUUCGUAUGGCUUUUAUGGCUGCCACAGAUCAUAGUGAUCAACUUCGUCUUUCUGGGCUUCAAACAUUGCAAAUGGUUGUUCGGAAGUUUGCAGCUAUUCCAGAACCAGAGUUUCCAGGUCAUGUAAUUCUGGAGCAGUAUCAAGCCAAUGUUGGAGCAGCACUUAGGCCUGCCUUUGCUCCUGAAACUCCUCCUGAUGUCACAGCAAAAGCAUGUCAGGUAUGCAGUGCCUGGAUAGCAAGUGGUGUAGUCAGUGAUCUUAAUGACCUUCGAAGGGUUCACCAGUUGCUUGUGUCCUCUUUGGUCAAAGUGCAGGCUGGAAAAGAAGCACAAAAUCAACAAUAUAAUGAAAGUACCUCAACUAUGGAGAUACUGGCUGUGCUUAAGGCUUGGGCAGAGGUUUACAUAGUUGCAGUUGAAAAGCAGAAAAAUCAAAGUGAUGCACACAAUCACUGUUUAAAAAUUGCAAACUCUGCAGAAGAAAGCUACAGAGAUGCAACAUUUUCAGCCAGUGGACUUCUGGACUUGGUACAGGCAGAUCUUGGAACACUAAGCAAGCUCUGGCUCGCUGCACUUCAGGAUUUUGCUCUCUUAACUUUGCCUUCAGAAUAUGCAUCCCAACUACCUGCUGAAGGUGGUACAUUUUAUACAGCAGAGACAAUUGAAAGUGCCAGACCUCAUUACUACAACUCCUGGGCAUUGAUACUUUAUGCUACAGCACUAUGGCUUACUAGCACAGGUUUCGUUGUUGUUGAUCCAGAUGAAGGAGUUACAAAUCUCUCUAGACCUGUCACCCCAACUACCAUGUGCCAAGAUUCUUCUACCAGACCCUUGGUGAAAUCACCUGAGGAUGUGAAUACUGACAGAUUUCAUCUUAUCUUGGGAAUUAGUGUGGAAUUCCUUUGCUCCCCUCGAUCAGAUGCAACAAUGGAGAAUAUUAUUGCCUGCUUGCGUGCCUUGCAGGCACUCUUCGAUGUUCCGUGGCCAAGGUCUAAAAUAGGUGGUGAUCAGGAGUUGAGUGUGGAGCUGCUGAAUGUUUUGCAUCGACUGAUACUGACCAGAGAAUCACCUGAUAUUCAGCUUGCUGCCCUUGAGGUGGUUCGCUUGAUUCUUUUUGCAGCUCAGGAACAUGUGAAGGAAAAGCGGAGAAGUGCGGAAGUUGAUGAUGGUGCUGCAGAAAAGGAAACGUUGCCAGAAUUUGGGGAAGGCAAAGACACAGGAGGAUUGGUGCCCGGGAAAUCAUUAGUCUUUGCAACACUGGAGUUGUGUGUUUGUAUUCUUGUCAGACAGCUUCCCCAGCUCAACCCUAAAUUAACUUGUAGCCCUGCAGUUCAACCUGGAAAACAUCUGUUACUCUCAGAAGAUGGAAGUAGACUGGUAGCAGCAGCAUUAGUCAUUCUCUCUGAUGUUCCUGCAAUCUGUUCUCCUGAAGGAAGUGUUUCUGUUCUACCGACUAUUUUGUACCUAAUUAUUGGAGUACUUAAAGAAACUGCUGUGAAAUCUCAAGAUGGCCAGUUACCUCUAGUAGUUGCUGCAUCUCUACAAGCUCUUAAAGGACUCUUGUCUUCUCCAAUGUCUCGAGCAGAGAAGAGUAGGACUGCUUGGACUGAUCUUCUGCGCAGUGCUUUGGUCUCAGUACUUGACUGUUGGGAUCAAGAUAAAGGACUCCAAGAACUCGAUGAAGUUAGCCUGCUUACUGCUAUUACAGUAUUUGUUAUGUCUACCACCCCAGAAGUUACUACUGUAGAGUGCCUUCAGAAGCGUUGUAUUGAGACGUUUAAAAUAACACUUGAUUCAAAGGAUCCUCUUGUACAGUGUAAGUGCUACCAGCUGCUGCACUCCAUCUUUCAGCAUCCAAACAAAACCGUGUCAUAUCCUUACAUUCAUUCUUUAGCACCGUCCAUUGUGGGAAAACUGCAGGAAACAGAAAAAGCAAAACCUGAAAAUGCUGCUGAACUCCAAGUCAUUCAGGAGGGAAUAAAGGUGGUUACAGCUCUGACAGCCACUGCUGAGGAAGAGCACCGUGCUCAUUUGGUGGCCUGCUUUCUUCCCAUCCUUAUUUCCUUUCUUUUGGAUGAAAAUGCCCUGGUUUCUGCUACGAACUCAGCAAAAAAUCUACAUGAGUUCGCGUUGCAAAAUCUGAUGCAGAUUGGUCCACAGUACUCGUCAGUUUUUAAAAAACUAAUGGCCUCCUCUCCAACUAUGAAAGCCAGGCUUGAGUCAGCUGUGAAAGGCAAUCAAGAAAGCAUCAAAGUGAAGACUGCUAAACAUGCAAAGAAUCCUGGGAAAAGUUCAAGCAUUCAGCUAAAGACCAAUUUUCUUUAAAGCUUCAUAUUGUCUUCUUAUGUAUUUUGAUUUCAACAGCAAAAACCAUCCCCUUUAAUUUCUAAUGAAAGUAGAAUCGCUGUGAGUUGAUCUUAAGUAUUUGAGUUUGUGUUGAAGUAUUUCAGAAAGUUUUUAAGAGAAAGAACAUCUCUAGGUAACUUUCUGUUAGUGUAAGACUUAUUAAACAUCUCUAAAUGUUAUGAAUAAAUCAGAGGUCAUCAAAUCUGUAUUUUUUUGUUAUUUUGGACUAAAAUACCAGAAAUGCACAUGUCUAUAUUAAAAAAAGCAUAGCAAACUUUACCAUAGGUUAAUUUAGAAGAAGUCCACACUUAGCCAUUAAGUAAAACUAAUUUUAUUUGAAAGCAGUAUUUGUCAAAAAUAAGUCACCUUAAUUGUUUUUUUGAUUUAACUGGGGCAUAAAUUUACUUACAGGUUGUAAUCUAUGCUAAUUACUAAUUUAACAGACUGCAUCAAUAAUUAAACAGAUUAGGUAUCCUUUUAAGCCUUACAACAGUUUAUUGUUGAUCUCAGAAAAUUCAACUCAGUAAAGGUAAUACGAAUAGCUUUAAUCCUCAUGUCUUGAGCUGGACAAGACGUAACAAAUGGUGUGAAACACAGCUCUGUGAUGCUUCUUCCCGAAGGACUCUGUAGUGCUUUCCAGAGUGGGACUAUGGAAGGACUGGCAGGCUUGGUGCCUUGCUUCUCCACACGGUCUCACUGUUCAGGACGUGUCCUUGUGUUAAGUUUGUAUCAGGCGAGCCAGGCAGUCGGAGCUUACGUAUCCUGUGCAGGGCAGGACAGCAGCUUUAGCAUUCAGUGCCUCGAUUCAGACCUCUGCUCUAUCUGGAUGGAUGUUUCCUGAUCGGUAAAUGAUCGGUUAUAUAAACAUGGAACUCACAUAAAUUUAUGUAUCUCUGCAAUGAGAGAUGGACAUAUUUGAAGUCACCUUGGCUUGUGUCUAUAAAUAAAGAGCAACAAACUGAUAGUAAGGAGUAUAUAAUUAACAUUUUUAUCAAGGAACAUAUUUUAAUAUAGAAAAAUAACUAUCAAAAUUGCAAAGGCUAUAGAGUAUUUUUACUUCUUCUUCCUACCAGUAUUAACUAAACCAAACACUAUCAAACUGAGGAUACUAUUUCCUUCUUGAAUCUAAUUGCUUUAAAAGAAAGGAGAAAAAAAUUAUCUACAGAACUGAGAAACACACUGUGACUCAGGAAGAGUGUGAUGUACUGUAUUUUAUGAGAAAUUUUGUACAUAAAUAUAAUUGUAAAUUGUACAGAAUUAACCAUUUGACCAAAGUUCUAACAGUUAAUUUUUCUAAUUUACAUAAAUAAAGCUAAUUUUCUUCACUUAA